AUGGUGGCAUUUCUAAACCAAUUUGUGGUGCAUAUUGUAUGGUUCCUCAACCACUUCUCUACAGUUUGUGAGGAGAAACUGGCAGACCUUUCUCUUCGUAUCCAGAAAAUUGAAACAACUCUCAAUAUUUUAGAUGCAAAGUUGAUGUCUAUCCCAGGGCUAGAUGAUGCCACAUUUGAAGUAUCUCUUAUAAGUGUAACUAGGAUCACAAAUGAAACACACUGUGAAACCACUUCAGAGCAAUCACAGCAGUUUACAAGACUCUGGACACAGGAAAGUGAAGUAACACCAGAAAAUAUCUUAACUGUAGUCAAGGAUCCAAGAUAUGCCAGAUACCUCAAAAUGGUUCAAGUGGGUGUUCCAGUGACAGCAAUAAGAAACAAAAUGAUAUCGGAAGGACUAGACCCAGGUUUUCUUCAGAGGCCAGAUGGUCCAGUGCCUGAUGGUGAAGGUGAAAAAAAUACAGAAGAAAGUUCAGAUAGCGAAUCUUCUUUUAGUGACUAA